GAACGCCCUAUCCAACUAUCAUCAGCAGCACAUUUCUCCGUCCAGACUCUCCAUGUAAAAGUUCCCACUAAGCGAUGUGAAAUUGCUUUUAACUGCCGCGCUGCCACCUCGGCCGCUGCAUCGCGGUCCCUCAAGUUUCCCAGCGCGCAACUAACGAGGAACUGCAAUCCAGGGCAACUCGCAUUCACCUUCAUUUUUCCGGGCUCUGGCGCCGACUAGGUCAAGGAACUUUCGGUGUUAUAUCUACAGGCCCGGCGAAGGAGAAGGACAAGGAAAAUUAAGCGGCAAGAUGUCUGUCCAGGGAACAACGGUGGGAGCACUCCCACCAGAACUGCUACGCCAGGUGUUCGAUGCGCUCGACCACGCCGCGCCCUCCGAGCAUCGGCUGAACGAUCAGCCGGACUGCAGAAUGCUUUGUGACCCCAACUGUCCGCUCAAGAAGGCCUCCCUUGUCAACAGGAAAUGGCGUGCAGUUGUUCUGCCUCUGCUCUUCCGCCACGUCGUCUGGCGCCUGGCGUCCUGCGACCAACUUCUCAGUCGACCCAACGAGAUCUCGGAGUCACAGUCGGACGACCCCUCCGAGAGCAUUUCCAUCCUGGCGUUCUUGCGCGCCAAUAAUCUAGCGCGCCAUGUUCGCUCACUCACCAUUGUUGUGUGUCGCGAGGAAGCACUCCCUUCUGCGACAACCACUGACCGAAGGAGUGGCUCUCGAAUCAGCAGCAGUCUGGAGGAAUGGAAGCAAGCAAGAUGGAACUCGAUCAGCGACACCCAUGCGCAAUAUGCCGCCCAGAUCAGCUCCGCCACGGUCUACAACGGGGAUAACAACUGGCUCUGGCGUAUGCUGUUUGGCAUCAUGAACCCUUUGAGGCUGACCCUCAUCGCCUCUCCUCAGACACUGGCUCGGCUACUCUCGUGCAUGGUAUAUGUCGGAGACGCCGACUUCUUCUCCACCGAGGAGCGCCUGCAUAUCUUGUCCUUGUCGAUGGACGGUUCUUCAAGGAGCUCGCCGCCGCCUCUCCUUGUUCGGUCCGAGGGAGCUCGUCCGGCUGCUCCCACAGCUUCACGCAAAUGCUCCACGGAGCGCGACUACGUCCGGACGGAACUGUUUACGAUCAGACCUUGGACCCACCUGCUCCUGAACGAGAACUCCUCCAUCCGCGUCUACAGGACAUAUCACUUCUUCGACCGACGUCCUCCCUCCAUCCUAGGGUCGUUGCUCGGCUGUGAGGAGGCCCCCCUCAACGUUAUGAUGGUUCCCCCCACGGUCACCUCCCUCUCGUACAUUGCCAUUUUCCCGGUUGCCACACAUUUUCGAAUGCUCGUGGAUCGGUUGCCGCGCAUCGACAGCUUGUACCUCCAGCUCGUACCCCGCAAUGACAUUCUGCUCGACGAGAAAGAAAUGGACCAUGUCAAUGCAUCGGACUUGUGGCUGGAGCGAAAUAGCUGCUACAAGUUAGCCAUGCAAAAUAUGCUGCUUUCUGCGGCUGCCCCCUUACCACCGAACAACGUCAACGAUAACAACACGAACGUCGCUGACGAUCACGACCAAGAUAGCGAGGUCGAUGCGUCUCAUACCGGACCCCAUGAGCAUGUAAUCAUGGAGGAGGGCCCGGCCCAGGGCGGAGUACACAAUUGGCAGUAUCUUCGCAGAUUCGAAACCGGAGACUCAUCAGACCGAGAGGCGUGGUUGGACGCUGUCGAAUGGGUGGAAGAGAGCCAGACCGGGUGGCAUGUCGAGGCCGAAGGUGUCCUCGUUAGGGAACCCGGUUCUGACGGGGCUCGAGGAAGCUGAGGGCGGGACCAACCCUUUUGUUCCCAGUCGAGAUAAAGCUUCCUGUAGCGUCCUCAUCAAACUGUUCAUGCCGUUCGUCCACUUGGAUAUUCAACAGCCACGGCGAAA